CAGGAGCCAGAGAAGAUGGGCAUCCUCAGCGUAGACUUGCUGAUCACAUUGCAGAUUCUGCCAGUUUUUUUCUCCAACUGCCUCUUCCUGGCGCUCUAUGACUCGGUCAUUCUCCUCAAGCACGUGGUACUGCUCUUGAGCCGCUCCAAGUCCACUCGCGGGGAGUGGAGGCGCAUGCUGACCUCAGAAGGGAUGCGCUGCGUCUGGAAGAGCUUCCUCCUUGAUGCCUACAAACAGGUGAAAUUGGGUGAAGAUGCUCCCAAUUCCAGUGUGGUGCAUGUCUCCAAGCCUGAAGGAGGUGACCACAGUGAAAAUGGUGCCCAGGAGAAGACAAUUGAUGGAGCCGAGUGCCACCUUCUUGACUUUGCCAGCCCUGAGCGCCCACUGGUGGUCAACUUCGGCUCAGCAACUUGACCUCCUUUUACUAACCAGCUGCCAGCCUUCAGAAAACUGGUAGAGGAGUUCUCAUCAGUGGCUGACUUCCUGUUGGUCUACAUUGAUGAGGCUCAUCCUUCAGAUGGUUGGGCGGUGCCUGGGGAUUCUUCUUUGUCUUUUGAGGUGAAGAAGCAUCGGAACCAGGAAGACCGAUGUGCAGCAGCCCAUCAGCUUCUGGAGCGUUUCUCCUUGCCGCCCCAGUGCCGAGUUGUGGCUGACCGCAUGGACAAUAAUGCCAAUGUAGCUUAUGGGGUAGCCUUUGAACGUGUGUGUAUUGUGCAGAGACAGAAAAUUGCUUAUCUGGGAGGAAAGGGCCCCUUCUUCUACAAUCUUCAAGAAGUCCGGUGUUGGCUGGAGAAGAAUUUCAACAAGAGUGAAAUUAGAUUAGCUGGUUAAAGGUAUGAUUCAAAUAGAGCUUUACAUAUAUAUACAUAUAUGUAAAGGAAAGGAAACUAAGAACUGAAUCCACUAUUUCAACUGAAUCUCAUUGCCUCACUGAAAGACAGAAAUUUACCUGUCAGAAGAACAUAAACCUCUAACAUCUCAAUAUUUUUUUCACCACUCAAAUAGCAUUGGGCUCAGUAGUAGCCCCACACUUCUCUUUCUUAAAAAAAACUUAAAAUUUUUUCUUAUUGAAAAGGCCCCAAAAUGGAGAGGAAGAAACCCUGUUUGCUACAGCUGACGCAUGCUUUGAGACCUGAAGAAAAGACAUACCCGAAUGACUACCAUGUUAGGGAAGCUACUGUUCUUGUUAGUAUGAGUAUUGCCUAGGCUUUAUUCAACAUGGGUAGAGCUCAACUAAAAAAAUCUUAAAUAUUCACUCAUAAUGAGGCCUUGAACCUGGGCCAUGUGGUUAGAACCUUGAUGUUUAACAUGUUAGUUUCUGAUGUUCUAGUUUCUAGCCAUGUAGUGCUCUAUGCUCAUCUAAACAUCCCAGAACUCACAAGUGUAUUUGUAGAUAUCCAGAAUGAUUCCUACCUGGAGGGGUAGAACAAUCGUCUGAAAUCUGAGAGUUACUUUCGAGGCAGGUGAGGGAAGUACUAGAAGAAAAUCAAGUUGGCUAACUAGGAAGAGGACACAGAAGGAUUAGGAGGCUUCAUAGAGUUUCACCUUGAAAGUGAGACUAACUUCUUACCCCCAGAAACAUGGAGACAUACACAAGGCCAGAAAAAGAAGGAGCUCAACUAAAAGUAGCGUAGAGAAUAUACACGGGAAAUCAAUGUAUUUAUCUUAUACCCCUAGAUUGAGGGAGAAAGGGGAUUGAAAGAAAAAUACACACUCUAAUAUUUGUAUUUCUGAGGGGUUUGGGAGGAAAUAAUUACCUUUGAAACGUGUGUGUGUGUAUUUUUAGUGGGUGAAUAAUACUGAUUAAAGGUAAAACCAGUGGGUCCAGCAGUCCUGGUCUGCCCCUCUCCAUCCCUACAGUUAUGAUGUGCCCCAACUCAUUCUUGAUCUCGUUGUCUGCAGAAGUGUUUUUCAAUGCUGAGCUCUUCAGCUCAAAGUCUGUAUGUGGAUUCACACUCAGAUGCUGUGGGAGGUAGAUGCUCUACCCAUUCAGCUAAGCACUACUUUCCUUUCUAAGUAGGUGAACUGUAAUGAAUGAUCAGUACAAAUAAACAUGGUUUCUUCAGUUGUAAAAUAGAGGAAGAGAAAAUUUCCAUCAGUAAUUUUGGAGGCUUUGCUGUAAGGCAAUUCUCAGUAGCAUGGGAUUUAGUAAAAUGGAAUUCCCAUUGACAUGUGAAUUGGGACUUGGGUCUUCCUUCUUCCUUUGUUUCUAUUA